AUGAAAACAGCCGACGUUUAUAACAUCGAUUCAGUCACCAUGCUCUCUAAUCAUGUAGAACUUCACAAUAAAAAGAUUGAUAGUUUUAUUGGUUCUACACAAGUACAUCCAGUAACAAGGUACAUUAUGUCAUCAUCAAGAGGCAAGAAGGCCGUGGUCUCUUCCUCAAAGAGACGUAGGGGACCGGGUUCUUCCUCGGUACGUGCUACAGCCGAAGUUCGACACUCGUUCCUUAAAUUUCUGCAAGCUUCGCAGGAGGAGCUAUUUCAGAUACUACGUGCACCACCCAUCACCACAGGUCGCUACAUCGACUGGGCUACCGUAGAGCAAGUGGUGAUGACAAACAAUGAUGAUCCAGGCACCAUUCACUUUCAAUUAGGAGAAGGUGAUAGGUAUGUGGAUGACAAAGACGGUAACCAAAAACGUCAGAAUCUUGUCCAAAAACAAAAGAACAGCAUGAGAAACAGCUUAGCCUUUCAUAGAUUGCAUGCACCCAAAACCCAACAAAGGAGUAAAUCUGGAGUGGUGCCGCCAUGGGUGAUUGUUAUGUAUAACUCCGUCUUCUUUAACAACUGUGUUCACCACCCAAACGAGAAGAAGAAGGAAGUCGACAAGUUCUGCAUCGACUGUCUUCAAUCUUUUUGCUCUCAUUGCCUACCUUCUCAUGCUUUUCACAAGCACAUCAAGAUUCGAAGAUACAUCUACAGUGACGUGAUCAACCGACAAGAUUUGUGUAAGCUCUUCAAUUGUUCUGGCAUCCAGGCAUAUCAUACAAAUAAAGCAAAGGUGCUAUUCUUGAAGCAAAGGACUCAAUCUCAUCAACAACAAAGUAGUUCAAGGGACUAUAAAUGUUCCAUUUGUGGCAAAACUUUACAAGAUAAUACUUCUCUUUAUUGCAGUAUCGCAUGCAAGGUGUCAAAUAUAUACAGAGAUGAAGAAAUAUACGUCGGAUUGCCGUUAACAAAGAAACCAAGGUUAAGGCGAACAAGAAAAGGCGUCCCCCUACAAUCCCCCAUGUUUUAAUACAUUAUUUAUCUCCUUAUUUAUUAUUUUUAAUUUUAAAUUAGUAUCAAAUUAAGACUUAAAUAUAAUUUUCUUCCAGCACCAAUUUAAAUUCAAAUUUUAAAAAUGGAGGCUUUUAAGAAAA